AUGGCAACAAAGAUCCUUUCGCUUGCAUAUAAGAAAAACGAUGACGAAGAUGUCUCUCUUCAACCUGCCACCACCACCGGGACUAGUAUCAACGCGAUGUCCGGACGUCCCAUCAUCUCCGAGCUCUUGAAAAUUACAGUCGACCGCUCUUUCAAACUCUCCAACCCAGAGUUCGCCGCCUUGCGCGCAGCAGCUGUACAAGCAGGCGUCAAGGAGCAAUACUACGGCAUAGCAGCAGGAGAGCCCGACCAUCUCUCCUGGGUCAUCCAAUGGCCCGCAGACCUGUCCACGCACCCUUCCGAGUACGCAGGCCCAGAGGGCGAUUUCCGCAAACGUUUAGCUGCCUUGGACGUGCGCAACAGCCCCACGAACUGGUUUAUCAAGUUCGAGGAUGCCAAACUGCCACGCCCCGCUCUCGAAGCGCCCGUCUGCCAGAUCUGCACCGUCUUCGUCAAGCCGACGAGCGAUCUGCAAACUCUCCUGCCUUCGCUGAAGAAGACCUUCACCGACUGCUAUGACGACCCCUACAAGGGGUUCACAGGUGGCCAUUGGGGACUCGCAGAGAACGAGCCUAGGUUGGCUUGGUACUUCCUUGGUUGGCAGUCCCGAAAGGCUCACGACCUAUACGCCGCAACGCCGCUCUUCGACGUUGAGAUUGACAAACUCACGCCACACAUGGCUGGAGGCUGGUCACACUACGUCGAGUUCACAAAGGAGACGAGAUGA